AUGUGCCCGACGGACAACUCCCCGACUGACAAGAGCCCGACGGCCAUGUGCCCGACGGACAACUAUCCGACUGACAAGAACCCGACGGCCAAGUGCCCGACGGUUAAGUGCCCGACGGCCAAGUGCCCGAUAAAGACAAUUGGUGUCUGCUGGGUGACUGUUCGGUAUAUGAUUGGUGAAGUGCAGUACGGCGGACGUGUAACGGAUGAUUUUGAUAAACGCUUGCUGAACACGUAUGCUGAGGUUUGGUUUGGAGAAGGGAUGUUUGCCGAAAGCUUUUCUUUCUACAAAGAUUAUAAAAUUCCUCGUUGCAAGACUGUCUCUCAGUAUCUUUCUGCAAUUGAGGAAUUACCAUCACAUGAUACCCCUGAAUGUUUUGGUUUGCAUCCAAAUGCUGACAUCACGUACCAAACCAACACAGCCAACGGAAUGUUGUCAACAAUGGUGAAUAUUCAGCCAAAGGAUGCAGGGGGAGGAACUGGAGAAACAAGGGAAAGUAUUGUCUAUCGGCAAGCAGAUGACAUGCUUCAAAAGCUUCCAGAUGAUUACAAUCCUUUUGAGGACCUCAAUUUCUUACAAUCUCUCUCUCUCUCUCUCUCUCUCUCUCUCUCUUUCUUUCUUUCUCUUGCUAUAUUUUCAUUUCAGUGUCUUUUCCCAACACACGAAUCUUCCCUUUCUUUCUUUCUUUCUUUCUUUCUUUCUUUCUUUCUUUCUUUCUUUCUUUCGUUCUUUCUUUUUUCUUUCUUUCUUUUUUCUUUUUUCUUUCUUUCUUUCUUUUUUCUUUUUUUUUCUUUCUUACUUUCUUUCUUUCUUUUUUCUUUCUUUCUUUUUUCUUUUUUUCUUUCUUUCCUUCUUUCUUUCGUUCCUUCUUUCUUUUUCUUUCUUUCUUUCUUUCUUUCACUUUUUCUUUCUUUCUUUCUUUUUUUUUUCUUUCUUACUUUCUUUCUUUCUUUUUUCUUUAUUUCUUUUUUCUUUCUUUCUUUCUUUCUUUUUUUUUUUUUCUUUCUUUUUCUCUUUUUUCCUUCUUUCUUUUUUUUUUUCUUUCUUUUUUUUUCUUUCUUUUUUUUUUUCUUUCUUUUCUUUCUUUCUUUUUCUUUCUUUUCUUUUCUUUUUUUUUUUCUUUUUUUUUUUCUUUUUUCUUUUUUCUCUUUCUUUCUUUUUUCUUUCUUUCUUUCUUUCUUUCUUUCUUUCUUUCUUUUAUGA